AUGUCUCAGGAAGGGGCUGCAGAGGGCUCCAGCACAGAGGACCCUGUUCUCGGUCCCCGGCACAGCUGUGGGCUUUUCCAGGAGGACAUGGAGGAAGCUGGCUCCGCGUUAGGCCUGGCACCAGACCUGCCUGGGGCGAGCUCUGGGGCCCGGGUUUCAGCUGGCAGAAGGAAGAGGGUGCUCAGGGGAGAGGCCUGUCGAGGUGCCAGCUCCCAGGCUGGGGGUGCCUCUGGGGCCAGCCUGGUGGUCCUGGAGCUGCAAGCUGCUGGACAAAGCCAGGAUUCGGUGCCUGGCCCUCAGCUCCACCUGCGGCUGCCCACAGUGCCUGCUCGGGGAAGGGCUCGGGCCUGCAAGAGGCUCCAGGUUUCUCUACACAACAUCUUGGAUAAAAAUUGGGCCAGGAAUCUUUGUAGCAUGUCUGUGGGUCUCCCAGCGAGAGUUUUGGUUGGCAGGGGGAGGCCAGCAAGGGUGGAGGAGGUGAGCUGCCCCCGGCCCAGAGAGGUUGGAGAAGGGGGGACGAGUUCUCUAGGGUGUGAUGGAAGAAGCCCCACUCUCAGUAAAGAGGAACCCCCCCAAAGGGCACUGCCAUCCUUACGAAGCUCAGCCCCUGUUUGGACCAGAAAGAAAACCAGGAAGUGUACAGCCUGCUCAGAGGAUGGGGAGGGGUUUGGUGGCUUCUUGAGGCUCGGUCAGAGCCCUGGUGGGGACAACCCCCAGUGUAUGGGAGAUCCCCCACAAGGUACUGACAUGGGGUCCUUAGGAGGCCUUUGCAGUCCUCUUUCUCCCCAGGACAGUGGAUCUGGGCUGAGAGAUUCAGGUGGAAGUGGUGUGGGAUGUGUCUCAGGAGCUGAGAAGUUCAGAUAUUUGCCCUCUGCAGGGAAUGGGGCCCAACCAGGCAGCCCCUAUGACCCUACCAAGUUCCCGCCACCAAAUGGAGGGCUGUCCCCCAGGUCAGCUGCCCAGGAUCCUCCCCAGAGCCCUGCACUGUGCCUGGGAGUGUCUGGAAAGGCUUCCACAGAACGGCAGGAAGCUGAGCAGGUCAUUGUGGGGGCUGGCGGUGAUGAUGGCCCUGCCGCCCCACCCAAGGUCAGGGCUCAGCCAAUUUCUCCCAAGGGGAGACCAGGCCAAGGAUUCACUGCUCCCACUAACAUCCCUGCUGGCUUCCCCAAGUCUGCAGCCAGAAAGGCUUGCUCAGACUCAUUCAUGGGGCAAAGAAGAUCCAAGUGUGCUAAGUUGGGGAGGGGCCCAGUGCCCCCUGCCAAGGACCAGGGCACAGACAGAAACUCAGACAACUGCAGCCAGGACCAGCCGGCAGCAUCCUGCCCAGGAGGCGUUCCUAAACUGGAGGAAAGAAAAAUGCCCCAUGGGGUGAAGCAUGUGUGUUACCUUGAUUCUGGGGCAGUGAUCCGCCUCCUGGGGGCCAUCAGCCAUGGCCAGGCAGGGGGGCCGCAGCCUCCGACGCUGGAGGCCCUGGAGAACAUGAUGGAGGUCAGCUCAGCCUCACCUGCCCAGAGGCCCAGAAGGAAGGGUGGCCCACUGGAGGCUGAAGAGGAGCCUGGUGAGCAAGGCUGGGGAGAGGACUCAGCUCAGCUUCAGCUCCAAAACGGUAUCGGAGUACGGGACACGGUGGUUCGCGUCUUGCAGAAGGUGCUGUGGAGUCGCCUUCAGGAGCUCCCAGACCUGGAGAUGAGUGAGGAGGUGGUGGAGGGCAUCGCUGCUGGCAUCGAGGCAGCCCUCUUUGACCUGAUACAAGCCACCAACUGCCGCUACAAGACCAAGUACCGCAGCCUGCUAUUCAACUUGCGUGACCCCAGGAACCCCGACCUGUUUCUCAAAGUGGUUCAUGGAGACGUCACCCCUCACAGCCUGGUGCGGAUGAACUCAACCCAGCUGGCCCCCCAAGAGCUGGCUCGCUGGCGGGACCAGGAGGAGAAAAGGGGCCUGGAGAUCAUAGAGCAGCAACAGAAGGAGCCGUGCAGCCUCCCGACCUCCAAACUGACUCACAAGGGUGAAGUCGAGAUCCUACGGGAUACCGACCAAAUGCUGACCCUGGAGGAUCUGGUGGGACCCAUGGUGUCCAUAGACUGCAGCCCACUGGCCCUGCCUGCCACAUCCAAGGACUCCACGGAGCAGCACGAGCACCACUUCUUAGACCCCAGCUGUCACAUCUGCAUGGACUGGAAGCCCUCGUGUGAGCUGUCAGACUUCUCCAAAGCCAACAGGAGGGUGGAGGACAAUGUCUUCCAGAGAGCCCCAAGCCCAGACUCCGUGUCCUCUCCAGAGAUGGCCCAAAUCAAGGAGAAACAUUCCGUGGAGCCCCAGGACAGGGUUCCUCCCUCUAGGCUCCAGAUGCCUGCAGGCUCCACAAAGGCCCUGCCUAGUCAGCUGCCCUGGGAGGGGUCUGUGGCUAUGUUCUCCAUCAAGCAGUUCCGGGUCAAGGCCCAGCUGGUCUCAGGACACAGCUGUCGGCUCAUCAUGGCCCUGCCCGAGGUGAUCCGCUCAGCAGGCUGCAUACCCCCCAACAUCAUCUGGGACCUUCUGGCUAGCAUCUGCCCAGCCAAUGCCCAGGACAUCUGUGUGGUCAGACUGUGCCCACAGGGGGCUCGGGACACUCAGAACUGCCGCCUGCUCUACUCCUACCUCAACAAUAAGCAGUGCCAUGGCCUGGCAGCUGUGGAACACGUGAGGGUGGUCCUGCUGCCCCUGCCUGCCUUCCAGCCCCUGCCCACCAGGCUGCGCCCUCUCGGAGGCCCAGGACUGGAAGUCACUCACUCCAGCCUGCUGCUGGCUGUGCUGCUCCCCAUGGAAGGGCUUCCAGACACAGGGGAGUCCAGCCCCUUGCUGGGGAAAGUUCGCAAGAUGGUCUCCUUCAACAGAAAAGUGGAGAUGAGAUGCUACCAGCGGAAGGACAGGAGGCUGGAUGUGACCCCGAAGGGCUCCUCUCCCCCAGGGGGUACCCUGCAGCAGAGCCAGGGCACAGGCAGCCUGGCUCCAGGGGGAAUCUGUACUUGGCAGAAGCCCUCUAGAGAAAGGGGGAGACUGAGGGAAGAGCCUGAGACUUGGCAGAGUCCUGGGCAAGGGCAGUGGCCCACAAGUCCAGGCUGGUGCCAGUCCUGGCAUCCCUGUUCAGCAGUACCAGCUGGCCGUGGCCAGCACCUCCACAGGGCAUCCUGUCCCCAACAAGCCCUGCUCCAGCAUCUUGAAUCCCUGGUGACUAUGAGCCACCAGCUUCAAGCCUCCCUGAGAUCCCCAGGCCAGGAGCUCCAGCCCCAGCCCCCUACAGCCUGUGGAAUUCUUGGCCUUUUUUGCCAGCCCCCUGCAGCUCCAGAGCCACCUGGCCCAGCUCCUGACUCCUCUUUGUGUCCUACAGAUGGAGCUUGCGCUGAGUAUCCCCUCCCUAGGGAGACCUGA